UGGUAAAAGAUACAGCAUUGGGGGCUGUGUGUAGUUUCUGUAACGUCUUGUCACCCUCCCUCAUAAUGUCGGGUCUCAUGGCUACCUUGGCAUUUUUUCUCUCACCCCUGACUUCGCCUCAGGGCAAUACCACGUCGUCCCUCAUUUCGCCUCAUCGCUCUUUUUCCUCACGCUGACUGAAGCUUCCCUUUUCAUUUUUUUUUUCCAGAAAGCAGCCCGCCCGCUGUUCGGAGCUACAGUAAAUGUUAAUAUGGUGGCUCGAGGCAAUUCGCGAGUUCUUUUCCAAGAACUGUCCCCUCCCCUCUCUGAGGGAGCCAGAAUGGACCCCUUUUACCCGCUCCCUCGCCUCCGAGGGGCGUUUCUAGUUCCUUGUACUGUAAUGAGAGGAGUGGCUGCGGGGUCAGCGCGGCUUGUAUUUCCUAAACGGGGACAGGGGAAACUUCGUCUUCGGGCGGCAUCUUAAUUUGCUGCGAGCCACCCCCGGCGUCGACCAAGGAGAAGCCAUGCUCCGAGCAGCCCUGAGAUCGCUUCCCUCAAGGCGGAGGGGCGGACAGGCGGCUUUUGCACCCGCUGCUCGGCUCUUUGCCGGCGGCCCGACCACUGAGAGGUGGGAAGAGAAAUCAACAUCUUUAGAAGCAAGAUGGAAAGAUUCAGCAGAAACAGUAAUUAUUGGAGGUGGCUGUGUUGGUGUGAGUCUUGCCUAUCACCUGGCCAAGGCUGGCAUGAAGGAUGUACUUCUGCUGGAAAAAUCUGAACUCACUGCUGGAUCUACCUGGCACGCAGCAGGUUUGACGACAUAUUUCCAUCCAGGAAUAAAUUUGAAGAAAAUCCAUUACUACAGCAUCAAGCUUUAUGAAAAAUUAGAAGAGGAAACUGGACAGGCUGUGGGUUUUCAUCAGCCAGGAAGUAUUAGAAUUGCUACAACCCCAACAAGAGUGGAUGAGUUUAAAUACCAAAUGACUCGAGCUGGUUGGCACCCAACAGAGCAGUAUUUUAUUGAACCAGAGAGAGUGCAAGAAUUAUUUCCCUUAUUAAAUAUGGAAAAGAUCUUGGCUGGUUUGUACAAUCCUGGAGAUGGCCAUAUUGACCCUUAUUCACUUACUAUGGCCUUGGCUGCAGGGGCUAGGAAAUACGGUGCUCAGUUAAAUUAUCCAGUUCAAGUAACUAAUCUGAAACCUAGAUCAGAUGGAACAUGGGAUAUUGAAACACCAAAUGGAAUAAUUCGAGCAAACAGAGUUGUGAAUACUGCUGGUUUCUGGGCUUGUGAAAUAGGCAAAAUGGUCGGAUUGCAACACCCACUCAUACCUGUUCAUCAUCAAUAUGUUGUCACUGCAUCUAUUCCUGAAGUAAAAGCCCUAGAAAAGGAACUGCCUGUCCUUCGUGACUUGGAAGGUUCAUAUUAUCUGAGACAAGAAAGAGAUGGGCUAUUGUUUGGCCCAUAUGAAAGCCAAGAAAAAAUGAAACUUCAGAAAUCCUGGGUAGCACAUGGAGUCCCACCAGGUUUUGGGAAGGAGCUGUUUGAAUCAGAUUUGGACCGAAUAAUGGAUCAUGUUGAAGCUGCUAUGGAAAUGGUUCCAGUCCUGAAGCAAGCAAACAUAAUCAAUGUAGUUGCAGGUCCCAUAACAUAUUCUCCAGAUAUAUUGCCUAUGGUGGGACCACAUCAGGGUGUUCAAAAUUAUUGGGUGGCUGUUGGUUUUGGAUAUGGCAUCAUCCAUGCUGGUGGCAUUGGAAAGUAUCUCAGUGACUGGAUACUUGAUGGGGAACCUCCUUUUGAUCUAAUAGAAUUAGAUCCAAAUAGGUAUGGAAAAUGGACAAGUACAGACUACACAGAAGCAAAAGCACGAGAAUCUUAUGGAUUUAAUAACAUUGUUGGUUAUCCUAAAGAAGAAAAUUUUGCUGGAAGACCUACAGAACGAGUCAGUGGGCUUUAUGAAGUCCUUGCAUCUAAAUGCUCCAUGGGAUUCCAUGCAGGAUGGGAGCAACCUCAUUGGUUCUACAAACCUGGAGAUGAGACUGGAUACAAGCCUAAUUUUCAACGCACAAACUGGUUUGAACCUGUGGGUCGUGAAUAUAAACAGGUGAUGGAAAAAGUGGGUGUGAUUGAUCUUACUCCAUUUGGCAAGUUUAGCAUCAAAGGCAGUGCUUCUCUUAAACUUUUGGAUCAUCUAUUUGCAAAUGCGAUCCCCAAGGUAGGUUUUACAAACAUAAGUCAUAUGCUAACCCCAAGAGGUCGAGUCUAUGCUGAGCUCACAGUCUCACAUCUGAAACCAGGGGAGUUUUUGCUAAUCACUGGGUCUGGAUCAGAGCUUCAUGACUUAAGGUGGAUUGAAGAGGAGGCAAUUAGAGGACAAUAUAAUGUGGAAAUCAACAAUAUUACUGAAGAAAUUGGAGUAUUAGGCAUAGCUGGUCCAUAUGCACGGAAAGUUCUCCAGAAAUUAACAACAGAUGAUCUCAGUGAUGAUUCAUUUAAUUUUCUAGUCUGCAGACAUUUAAAAAUUGCUGAUAUUCCAGUUACUGCAAUUAGAAUAUCCUAUACAGGUGAACUGGGCUGGGAGUUGUACCACAAGCGAGAAGAUUCUGCAGCUUUAUAUUCUGUCAUAAUGGAGGCAGGGCAGGAAGAAGGAAUCGACAACUUUGGAAUGUAUGCAAUGAAUACAUUAAGGAUAGAAAAAGCUUUUCGAGCCUGGGGAGCAGAGAUGAAUUGUGACACUAAUCCUCUGGAAGCUGGACUGAAAUAUUUUAUAAAAUUAAAUAAGCCAGCAGAUUUCAUAGGAAAGGAGGCAGUGAAGCAGAUUAAAGAAAAGGGGCUUGAACGGCAACUCGUGUAUCUCACCUUGGAAACAGAUAACAUUGAUCCAGAGGGAAAUGAAAGUGUCUGGCAUAAUGGCAAGGUUAUUGGCAACACCACAUCGGGAUGUUACAGCUAUAGUACUCAGCGGAGUCUGGCUUUUGCAUAUGUCCCUUUGGAACUCAGCAAAGCUGGACAGAAAUUGGAAGUUGAACUGUUAGGCAAAAAUUAUCCAGCAAUUGUUAUCCAAGAGCCGCUGGUAAUGACUGAACCAACAAGAACACGCCUUCAGAAGAAGGGUGGGAGUGUUAAAAUAUAAACAAAAGGAGAUGGGUAAUAGUUAAGACCUGAUUAACAUUAAUACUACACCUAUGUGUAAGCUAAUAGAAAAAAUGUAUUAGAAUAAUACACAUAUUUUAGUAAUGCUACAGAGACAUCUUAAACGUGACAUAGUGUAGGGUCUCAGAGGUUGAGAUGCUACUCUUGGUGCAGAUCUGCAUGUGAAAAACUGGUGAUGUGAUUAGCUGCUGCCUUUAAUUAGAAAUUUAAAUUUUCUGAUUCUUUCUCCUGCAAGGCUCCAAGGCUCCCCAGGGAUCCUUUUCACCUGGGGAAGCCUUUGGGGGCCUCAGGAUGGUAAGGACUCUUAAAUGUCUGAAAAUCACCACCACCCAUCUGGGUCUGAGCAGUGGCUGUUUUCAAACAUUAAAGACUUUAGAUUCUAUCCUUUCUGGUGCCAUGAAACAUACAGGGGUCCAGCAUUCUUUGUUAGCUUGACCUACUUCAGAGAACUGUUGGAGGAUAAAGUGUGAAGAAGAGCAAAAUGUGCCAAUAGAAGAGAAAUAUUAAUGUAACUAAUAGCUAUAGCUAAGUAAUUAAUAAAAGUGUAAUCCAUUUUAGCUUUCCUCUAACAAUCUAUAUGCAAGUACACAUUAAGAACAGAUUUAUUCAUAUGAAAAAAGCCUAGAGUACUUGAUUCUUCCAUGUAAAAAUUGUACAAGAAUCAGUAUCUUUGUUCAUAAAUGCUAGAUAUACUGUGGAAUAUCAUGUUUAGCAAAGUCAUUCAACCACUGAAGUUUCUCUUUGCUUGGCUUUCUAAAUGUGCAGAAAUCAUUCUGUGUAUGGCACAUAUCAAAUUCAAGGCCUGUGGGCCAAAUCCGGCCCACCUGGCCAUUUCAUGUGGCUCUUGCAGUAUUGCCUGUUACUGUGCAGUAUACAAUACGGAGGCACUUACUCGGUCGCUCAUAAUACUCUGCAAGGAAUAGCUUGCUAUUUGGAUAAACAAGCUGAUUUGCAGUCUUAUCUCUGUUUGGAUGUCUGUGUUUGUUUGUAUGUGUGUAUAAACAUGUCCAGUACUGUACA